GGCGCAGUAUGCUGGGAUGCUGAUGCUGAGCAGCCGUGUAGAUCUGUAGCAUCGUUACAUUUAAAUGGUUGCCGACAUGCUGUACUGUCAGAGGCUGCAGCAUUGUGUUGACCUCUGCCUGGGCUUGUUCCUGUUCUUAGCGGGGCUGCAGCAGGUGGAAGCUGCCGCCGCCGCCACGGAGAUGGCCAGCCUGAACUGGAAGCCAUUCAUCUACGGAGGGAUGGCCUCAAUUGUCGCAGAAUUUGGGACGUUUCCCAUCGACCUGACUAAGACACGGCUUCAGGUCCAGGGUCAGUCCCAGUACACGGAGGUACGCUACAGGGGCAUGUUCCACGCCCUCUUCAGGAUUGGCAAGGAGGAGGGUAUCCGGGCGCUCUACUCCGGGAUCUCCCCAGCGCUUUUGAGACAAGCUUCUUAUGGGACAAUCAAGAUAGGAACAUACAAUUCUCUGAAGAGGCUGUUUGUCAGCCGCCCAGAAGAUGAGACCAUGGUCAUCAAUGUGUUCUGUGGAGUUGUAUCUGGAGUGCUCUCCUCUUCUCUGGCCAACCCCACAGAUGUUCUCAAGAUCCGAAUGCAGGCUCAGGGCAGUUUGCUCCAAGGCAGCAUGAUGUCCAACUUCAUUAACAUCUACCAGACGGAGGGGACCAGGGGGCUGUGGAGGGGUGUCAUCCCCACUGCACAGCGGGCGGCCAUUGUCGUUGGCGUGGAACUUCCUGUCUAUGACAUCACCAAGAAGCACCUCCUACGCUCUGGCCUCAUGGGAGACACUAUUUUGACACAUUUCAUCUCAAGUUUCACCUGCGGCCUGGCAGGGGCGCUGGCCUCCAACCCGGUAGAUGUGGUCCGGACACGCAUGAUGAACCAGCGGGUUUUGUCUGGAAGUCCCACAUACAAAGGAACACUGGAUGGAGUGAUGAAGACGUGGAAGAACGAAGGCUUCUUUGCUCUCUAUAAAGGUUUCUGGCCUAACUGGCUGCGACUGGGGCCUUGGAACAUCAUUUUCUUCAUCACCUUCGAGCAGCUGAAGAAGCUCCCUUUCUAACUGGAGCAGGAAGUCGGACUGCACUGGUUUACUGGACUGUGUCAGCUUUGGCACCAGUACGCUCACACUCCUCCUAAAAUCAGAGGGAAUGACACGGUAUCCAUCAUCUACCCACACUUUUCUUCACCGUCACUGUUUCUAUUUUAAUGCUGACUGUUACGUUUAUGACCCCCACAUCCCCCUCUGACGCUCAUCAGGCAGCUAAAUGUGUGAAAGCUUUGAAGAUGAAGCUUGUAACUGAUGGAAAACGUUAACUACUGUGGAAAUGUCAGUAAAAGGGCAUCUGUGCAUUUUUGAAAAGUCUGAAUGUUGAAAGCCUGUGUUUAAAAAGCAGACACUGCAUGUAAUCUGGUUUAAAAAUUACUACUGAAUGUUUAGGAAUAACACAGAGGAGUGGAACAAAUGAAAGGUCGACUGUUACAGAAGUGAAAUGAAGAGAAAUAAUGAACAGCAGCAUUUCUCUUCAGUUAGACUCAGUUGUGUUUUAGAUGCUAUAAAAAUGGUCAGUUCAGCUGAGCUGAGCUACAGAAUCACUCAAACUCUGUAUGAAUUUAUUUAUUUAUUUAUUUUUAAUAAUGAGAGAAAACCUCCAAAUGUCGGCGCUGUUAAAAGUUUUACAGCCUGAACCAAAGCCUCUAAUGAGAAGAAUUAGACAUUUGUUCCCAUUCGCCCUUUGUGUUUUAUAUCAGGAAAAAUUGACUCAUUCAGACUCACACACAUACAGGUGGAUGUGUUUCAUGUAAAGCAGGUGUGUAGCAACCAAACUGUAAUAAUGGCCAAUAACGUAGUCAUUUGACAAUUUAAAUUGAUUAUUUUACUGGCUUUAUUACGUUUAAAAUGGUCAAAAUUAUUAUGUUACUGGCUUUAUUACGUUUAAAAUGGUCAAAAUUAUUAUGUUACUGGCUUUAUUACAUUUAAUUAUUAUGUUAUUGGCUUUAUUUAAUUUAAAAUAACCAAAAUAGCUACGCUGUUGGUUGUAAAAUGGCCAAAAUUAUGACGUUAUUAGCCUUUAUUGCAGUUUUGGUUGUGGUAAGGUGUACAUACAAGGCCUCUUUACCUGUCACAUUUCUCUUUGUGCCAAAGUGCAUUUGUUACAUUUCUCUGUAAAAUGUUCCUGUACUUGGAUUUGAUGCAUGAAGACAACAUGUUUGUCCCAUCCUUUAAACUCCAGACCAGACGUCCUGUUUUCAGUCAGAAUUAAGGUGUGUUGCAUUCAGUAAAAAAAAACUGCUGUUUUUCUGAAUUAACAUAAUUUUACCAUUACAGUUAUAGUUUCACUCAGGGGAUAAAAGACCUCUGUCUUGUUUGUCCAGAUAAUCUGCUCAGCUUCUCUGCAUCUGUUUUCUCCUGAGAAGCCCCAUCGUGUCCCGUUGGUGGACUUUCAUUCAGUCUGACAUUGUUUGGACUCAUUCAGGUCUCAAAAGUCUGGAAAUGAUUUUAUCACUUUUUUGUGGUUGUUCAUACCUGAGACUUCAUCCUCAGUGUCACAGUCUUAUUAAUUCAGAAAAACAGAAAAAAAGGGAACGAAAAGUUAAGUUUUAUUUUAUUUUAAUUUAUUUUAAUUUUUUUUAUUUUAUUUUAUUUUAUUUUAUUUUAUUUUAUGCAGUACACUUCCAUACAGUAGAACCUAAACUAAAGUGUCUUCAAGUGAAUGCAAUGGGCUUCCAUAAGUCAGUGAUACAAGAGAUUAAAAGAAAAACAUCUCCUGCUGGACUCCCUCACCGUCACCAUCAUCACCACCACCAUCACCACUAUCAUCAUCACCAUCAUCAUCACCACCACCAUCACCACUAUCAUCAUCACCAUCAUCAUCAUAUGCUUGAUUUUAGAAGCUUUAUGUAUUUAUUUUAGCAGAUGAAUGUGUUGUUUUCUUGCCUUUUCUUUAGAGCUUGAUGUUUUUGUAAAUUGCUGAUAAAACCUUGUUAUUACAUGAUAAUGAUGAUAAUCUCCAGCGAGGUAAAGAUGAAGUGUGUCGGCCUCCUGAUCUGCUCUGCUUUUGUUUUUUUGAAGAUUUAAACUCAUUUCCAUUCA